UACUACCCGACGAGCGCCGCCGCCGCCGCCGCCGAGCUCCGUGACGGGGUUGCCGGAGAUGGAGAGCAAUCAGCAGUCGUUCUGGCAGUUCAGCGACCAGCUCCGCCUCGCCAACCUCUCCCUCAGCGACUCCAUCUGGAGCAACGACUUCGCCUCCAGGCUCCCCGAGGAGCGUCGCAAGUUCGACACCCGGGUCGGUGGCAAGGUCGCCCCCGCCCGCUCCAACAACGACAACAACAACGAUGCCAACUUCAACACCAACAACAAUCCCCUGAAGAAUCCGCUCGGCGAGCCGCUCGGCCUGCCCAACGACGUCGCCUCGGGCGACUUCAACGGGUUCAACUUCGGGUGGAAGCUCGGGGGGUCCGGCGCCGGCUCGAACCUGAGCGAGCUGAACCGGUUCGACGACGGAUGGAAGGUCGGGGGGUCGCGGGUCGACGUCCCCGUCAACGGCGGGUACAGCAAGGCGGCGAUUUACGGGGAGCAGCAGCUGGGGUAUCCGUUCAUCGGCAAUUUCGUGAGCCUGAAGGGAGGGAAGGCCAAGAUCGAGGGGGGCGAGCACGGGGGCAAGCUGGGGAAGAAGAGCGGGGGCGGGUACAGGAAGAACGGGAGCGACCACGGCAAUAACAACGCCAGCGGUUACGAAGGUAAAGAGGGGAAGAGCGACAAGAGGUUCAAGACGCUCCCGCCGUCGGAGUCGCUUCCGAGGAACGAAGCCGUGGGCGGGUACAUCUUCGUGUGCAACAACGACACCAUGCAAGAGAAUCUCCAGAGACAGCUCUUCGGCUUGCCUCCACGGUACAGAGAUUCGGUGAGGCAGAUAACGCCUGGGCUUCCUCUGUUUCUGUACAACUACUCCACCCACCAACUCCAUGGCAUUUUUGAGGCUGCUAGUUUUGGAGGGACUAACAUAGACCCGAUGGCCUGGGAGGACAAGAAAUGCCCCGGCGAAUCGCGCUUCCCCGCUCAGGUUCGAGUGAUCACGAGGAAAGUUUGCGACCCGUUGGAGGAGGACUCGUUCCGCCCGAUCCUUCACCACUACGAUGGCCCCAAGUUCCGUCUAGAACUGAACGUGCCCGAGGCGCUGUCUCUCUUGGAUAUAUUCCGGGACCAAGAACCAUGAAAACACCAACGAACCGAGCACUUCGAGGCUUGGAGAUACAGAGCUGAUCCAAAGAAAUUAGGAAACAGAUAGUGUCGUACCUACUAUGGAGGCGAGAAGAAGGAUGACACUUUGUCAUGUUAGGAAAACUUGCAGAAGUAUAAAAGCUGUCUUGUCUUUGGGAUGUAAAUUUUUGUAAGGGCGGUUUGUUUACUUAUUUUGCUCUUUGUUCCCUCAGUUUGGAUGAUAUAUAAUAGGAAACAAGCACAGAAUUUGCCAAAACAGACUUUUAUGAAGGUUAAGAUGAGAACUACUCACUU